AUGUUAAAUGCCACCAAGGUACUAAGAACUUACAUAGGAUUUGCUCUCGUUGUCGUCUGUCUAUUUUGUCACUCCAGUAGGUCUCUUCGUGAUUAUGGAGCGAACAGGAAGCCUGUAGGUGAGCUGGCACUGGCACCUGCGGCCUUAGCUGAAGGGCGCUUGCUUGUCGCCUCUUUGCCUUUUGGACAUGCGAAUCAGCGGCAGCAAAUCCUUUUCAUUGAGGCACUAUGCGUCUGCCUGAUUUGUCAAUUUACCGCACGUUUUCAAGAGGACAAUACCGACUACAUUCCAGCGUUCUCAGUGUACUACCCAACCGCGAUCUCUGUUGGUGAUGCCUUUUUGGUCGCAAUGAUGCUCGUAAAUCAACACUUAAGCUUAGGAAUUACGAUGCUUAUGAUCAGGGAGGAUGGCCGAACUGCUUCAGGCACACCCUUGUGGGUAUCGAAUUUCGGCUUUAAAUUCUACUGUAAUGAUUGGUGGCGACCCUGCAUGAACUUUCACACGACACCAGAGAUAUGGUUAGAGAUGACUCCUAAGCAUUGUAGCGAGGCUCCAAAACUUGGUUAA